AUGAAAAGAAUAAUUUCAUCUUGCUAUAUAAAACAACGGAAAUGUUUUUAUUCAUCAGUACAGUCUUUUACAGCUGUAGAACCUCCACCUGAUAAUUUACCAACAUUUCUUACUAACGAUGUUUUACGUGAUCCAAAUAAAAGAGCAGCUGAAUUAUAUAUGCCAUAUAAUAAUAUUUCCUAUGAUGAAGAAUUGAAACUUAAACAACGUCAACUUGAAAGUCGUUUUCAAUCGGUUGCUAAAACACUUUUCUAUGAUCGAGCACUUCAUCCAUCGUUACGUAAAUUGAUUCGAACAAAUGAUGUUAACCUAUGUCCUAUUCGAGAUAUCGAACGAACUUCAGCAACGAGUGAAUAUUUAACAUUCUGUACCGCUGAUUUAGGUAAAACACGUUCCGGUGAGUUAGCACUAGGUCUUCCCAAUCGACCAAUUGCCAGUGAUUAUUCAACAUCACAUGAAGACAGUCAGAUGAUGUUAGUCUUACCUAUUGAUGAUAUUGAAUCAUACAAGAAACGUGAUCGAUUGAUUGUUAAACAUUACUAUAAUUUUCUUCAAAAAGAAGUGAAAGAUGUAUCUAAUACAGACUUUGUUUUACAUCAUUGGCGACCAAUACGUAUUUAUACAAAUAAAAAAGAUCAGAAACUUGUUGUUAUUGGUUAUUUUGAUCGAAAAACUGAUAAUUCAGAACGUCAAGCAGCUAAAGAACGUUUGGUAGCAUAUUUUGAAAAUGGACCAGGACGAGAAUGUCAAAUUGAUCAUUUAUAUUUCGAACGAAGAUUACAACGUUGGCCAAUUAUUGUCAAUGAAUCAUUCUAUGAACAGAUUAUUGGUGAUAAAACUGAAUCAUUUCAAUAUGAUUUAUUUGGAAUGAAAUUUGAACCAAAUUUACAAUCAUACGGAUUCUCAAAUCUAAGAGCCUACGAAUCAGUUUGCUCUGAAGUAUUAAAAUUAUGUAAUCUCGAUCCGACAUCAACGAUAUUUCUUCAAUAUUUUUCUGAUAUUGGAAUUUUACCAUUAAUUGCUAGUCAACAUGUUGAUCAAUCUUAUGGUUUUGAUCCGAGCCAAUUUGCAAUAAAAGCAGCAAUUAAAACACAAGAAAAAUAUCCUCAUACACAAAAUGUUCAAUUUAAUGUUUGUACAAAAAAAGAUGAAUUUAAAAGAGUACUAACAAAAAUUGAACAGAAUAAAAAGAAAAAUGCUUCGCUAACAUGUGUUUUUGGACCAACUCGAGGUGAACUCGAACGACAAGACUUACGACAAAAUAAAUUUAUUGUUAGUGUAUUACGUGAAUGUGAUCUUAUUGAUCGAUUGAUUGUUGUUCAUCGUGGUGUGAAUUCUUCUAUUCUACAUUUUCUCUAUAGUCUAUCGGGUGGCGAAAGUUCAACACACAAAAUAUUUGGUUCACCAUUUAAACCUGUGAUAGUUAUACCAUUUGAUGCCAAUCCUCGAUCAGCACUAUUGCCAGACUUUGUUACAGUUUACGAACGUGAUUAA